UCGGACUGACGGGGCGGACAAGAUGGCGGACGCUGGUGGAUCGCAGUGAGGAGGACGAGCACGGCGGCGGGGACGCGGAUCGGAGGGGUUGUUUAUUGUUAUAUUGUACCUUCGUGACGUGUGUGGCGGCUCACGGUGCACUGGUGGCUGAGAGGGCAGGCGUGUGCGGACCGUUCACUGAGUUCAAUGGGCGGAGGAGGAACAGUGACUGUCACCGGCUGCAGGACCCCCGAGCCGCGCAAACUAAGCCUUAGGCUCCGCUGCGCUCCUGCUCUCUCUCGCGUCUGGCGAUUCCCACCGUGACCGCGCGUCCUGCUCGCAUCGUGGACUCUCGUCAGUCAAAGACCGUCUGAUCGCGGUCAACGGAGGACCGCGUCGCGUGCAGCUUCGUGGGGGAGUCUUCGCGUCCCGCUGUGGGACUUUCUCUCCCGAGGCGUCCCGAAGCGGAGCGGCUCAGGAGGAGGGACACCCGCCGGGACUUGGUGUCCUCUCGCUGUACCUGUCCUCUGGACCAGCCUGGUUGUUUUUUUUUUUUAAAGCCUGCUUCUACGUGUGGGACCCCAUGGCUCAGUCCCCGGUCCAAGGUGGCCUGCCAGGGAUGCAGAGCUUGAAGGCGGACCCGGAGGAGCUGUUCACCAAGCUGGAGAGGAUCGGCAAGGGCUCCUUUGGGGAGGUCUUCAAGGGCAUCGACAAUCGUACCCAGCAGGUCGUGGCCAUUAAAAUCAUCGACCUGGAGGAGGCGGAAGACGAGAUCGAGGACAUCCAGCAGGAGAUCACGGUGCUGAGCCAGUGUGACAGCCCCUUUGUGACCAAGUACUAUGGGUCCUAUCUAAAGGACACAAAAUUAUGGAUUAUCAUGGAAUAUUUAGGUGGAGGAUCAGCCCUGGAUUUGAUGGAGCCAGGUGCCUUGGACGAGACUCAAAUCGCAACGAUCCUCAGAGAAAUACUGAAGGGUCUCGAAUACCUGCACUCGGAGAAGAAAAUUCACAGAGAUAUUAAAGCGGCCAACGUCUUGCUGUCGGAGCAAGGAGACGUGAAGCUGGCGGACUUCGGCGUGGCAGGACAGCUCACAGACACUCAGAUCAAGAGAAACACGUUCGUCGGCACGCCGUUCUGGAUGGCGCCGGAAGUAAUCAAGCAAUCGGCAUACGAUUCGAAAGCGGACAUCUGGUCACUGGGUAUAACAGCGAUCGAGCUGGCCAAAGGGGAGCCGCCGCACUCGGACCUGCACCCCAUGAAGGUGCUCUUCCUCAUUCCAAAGAACAACCCGCCCACGCUGGAGGGCAGCUACAGCAAACCACUCAAGGAGUUUGUGGAAGCCUGUUUGAACAAGGAUCCCAGCUUCCGGCCAACCGCCAAAGAGCUGCUGAAGCACAAGCUGAUCGUACGGUACGCCAAGAAGACCUCCUACUUGACGGAGCUCAUCGACAGGUACAAGCGGUGGAAGAUGGAGCAGUCCAGGGAGCAGUCCAGCUCGGAGGAGUCCGACUCGGAACAGGAUGGCCAGGCUGCCGGGGGCGACCACGCUGCCAACGACGACUGGAUCUUCAGCACCAUCAGAGAGAAGGACCCGAGAAAGGUGCAGAACGGGGCGGCCCAGCCCGAGGAGCUGGAGAGGAGCGAGCAGCCGGAAGACACGCAGAAGAGUACGCUGUCCCAGAGUCUCGCCACCAUUAUCUCUCCUCUUUUCGCUGAGCUGAAGGAGGAGGCGGCGAGCAGUUCGAGACCCGAAGCGCUGGAGGAGCUGAGGGAGGCCAUCUUCCUGGCGGAGGAGACGUGUCCAGGCAUCUCGGACUCCAUGGUAUCGCAGCUCGUUCAGAGACUUGAGAGGUUUUCAUUGGCUAGGGUGUCAUCUUCUAGCCACUAGGAGCUGAGCUUUGUCCUGCCAAGGGAAUAGCAGCUCUGUCCCCACCCAAGUGAGGCUGCCACUCCUGACACCAUUGGCCAUCAUGACAUUUUUUGGAGGGCUUUCAGCUUUCAACACGUUAGAAAAAUGCUUUUAACAUUGAGCGUAAAUUAGGCCGAGGAGGCACCUUCAUGAGACACCAAACCUCUUCACCGAGUCGGCACAGUCAGCAGGGUGCUGCGACACCGAUUCCCCCCCAGAAGCCACUCAGUCGGUGGUGGCGUGUGAAGGCCUGCUGUGCGAGCGCUCUUCCGUAUGGCCAUUUUCAGUAUUCGCCCUCAAGGACUCGGAACUGCUUAACAACUGCUCAAUUAUCCAUGGUCAACAUCUCAGCACGUCUGUCUGAAACUUCUGAAAUAUGAAUGUGCCUGUGUGCGAUAGUUUUGUUCUUUUCUGCCAACACGCACCCACUUCUGUUGGCAUUGUAAAAUGGGUAUUUGUGAGCCUUGCUGAAGAGAGCUCUAGCACUCUGGAACCUCAGGUAUCCUGCUCAGAGUGGAUUGACCUCUGGAAGAUGGUGAACCCUGAUUUGGGGAGCUCUUGAGAUGUUUGUACAUAAUUUUUUUUUUUUUUUUAAACGGCUGUUAAGAAACCGUGUUUUUUGCGUGAAGGAAUCACUGUGUACAAAUGGCCAGGUGUAGAUACUGUUAGUAUAGGCUUAUAUUGUCACACAGAUGGCCAUAACUAAUUGCCUUGCCUUUAUUACUUUAGUACAUUUUUUAGCGUACAUGUUUCGACACUUUCCUUGUUUUUAGCAAAUCCGUCAGAUGUUUUAGAGUUUCGUGACAACCGACUCCCUCUUUGAUUUGUUUUAAAUGACUACUGUAGGUACCUCAGUUGUGCUGCUGUCUCCAGGUGGCACAUUUUAUGGGGUCAAUCUCACAUCUCCACUUUAUCACUGAAGUUGUUAUACCAGGUUCCCGACUAGACCUGCUGUUAUACUUGACAUGUCAUGUUAUGAAAAUGAAAGUGUGUACAAUCCCAGUAGCUACAGAACAAGAACUGAGUGACUUGGUGUUCUGCAGAUGCAGGACUUCCUGGCAGCCUCCUGUCCCUUCCUUUUGCCCCCUUCUAGUAGACAGAUGGGCAGUUGGGUGCUGUUUACCUCCUCCAUGUCUGUCAGGCUUGACCACCCCAGGGCAUACAAAUGGGAAGCGUGUCCUCGAGCGCUUCGGUGGCGCCCCGUUCCCACACCGGCUGCUUGCAUUGCACUCGGACUUCAGUUGCCUUCUUGCUCUAUGUAGCCUGAAUAGCCAUAAGAAAUUAGCAUAACAUUGAUACUGGUGUGUAGUCAUAGUGGGUCACGCAUGACAACGAAGCCUUUUAAACAUGUAAAAUGCCCCCUGGUCUCCUGGCUACAGGUCCCCUCUACAUGAAACACACACAAUGUGCUAUCUCACCAGAGACCCAGAUGGUGCGAUUCCCUACAACUGUAGGGUCUGCUGGUAGCCCCAGGGACCUUAGGUGUGACCUACAUGAGCUGCCCUGUGCGGUUUUUUUGUUUUGGAUAAAAAAAUAUUUUUAAAAAUGCUAUAUUUAUUUGUUAUUAGUCCUGCACUUUUUUAAAAAAAAAAAAAAAAGUAUGCAGCAAUAAUGUUUUAGGAAACAUGGCAUGCAGCUGUUUAGAAAUUCAGGCUAAGUGCUCAUUUCUGAGAUGGCUCAUGAUUUUAACCUGAAAUGAGAAUAAGAAUAUUCUCUCUGCAUAUUUUAGACAUUCAAAGGAGCCAGAAUUAUCUUUUCCAGUCCGUAGGCAUCUCCUGUGCCUUAGGAUGAUGACGUAAAAGAUUGCGCAGCUGCGGAGAGCUGUGUUUUUGCUCAGUACUGCUGAAGGACUCUAUUGCUGGGUGUAGAAGGUAUGUUGUCAGAUCCGUGCACACGCACACCUCCCGAUUUACUGCUGUUGGUAAAAGUGAUGUCUUUGUACACCAGUUAGCACUGGAAAUCAAUACAGCCACAAACUGUUUCUGUUUCCUCCCAUCAUCCACUAGUCAACUUCAAAGUGCUGUUCCUUUCCGAAAACCUGUUUGUCUUGUACUGUACUGUACUGCACCUUGUUCACUGAUCAGUUGCUCCCUUGCACUUUGUAAGCAUUUCUACAGAUUUAAAGUAAAGGUACUUGCAGCCACAAUGUUUCUUACUGGUUUGCUACUGUACUUCUGCAAAUAUGGCAAUAAAGCAUUCUAGGGAUCAGGAUGCACUCUUCAGUGCAGUUAUACUGUAUGAAAUAUAAUCCAUUAUUUUUGUAACUAAAGAACAAGUGUUACAGAAUUAUAACUGGUCACCUCUGUUUAUGAUAAAUUAUAGGACACUUUCAAAUACUUUUUUCCUGUAACACUGUUUAUAGUCCUGUAUAUACUUAUGUAAUUAUCAAUGGUAUUGAAAUCCUAAUGAAUUAAGUGACUGGGAGGACAAAUAAACUUCUAAUUCGAGUAGCAGGCAUCUGGUGUCAUUCCUGAGUGUCAAGAGUAAUACAGUCAGUUCCCACACAUAGGAUGAGCAGAGAGUGCUGGGGCCAUCAGAUAAUCUCAACAUUAAUAAACACUUGCUGUAUACAGCAUCCUGGGCUCCUCAUCUUACUUGCAAAAACACUUCAUUGUCCACUUCUAACUACAAAGUCAGUUUUACCACUA